AAGCCUAUUUUAAUUAUUUAUCUAUUUAUUAUGUAAUAAAAGAAAAAAAUGUUUGCGGUGUGUCAUCUACCUUUGUAUAAUACUACUUGAAUAACUCUACUUUUAUACGGUAGAUAAACAGCUUUUUGGACGGAAGGUGUAACAAGGAGUAAUAGUUUACUCCACAAUAUAUUGGGGAAAGUUGGCGUUAAGAGGCAGCAACUCUAGGAAACGAACAAGGAAGAGAAUCAAUUCUUCUAUUUCUAUUUUCCGAUUCUCUAAUCAGAUUUGAUCUCGAUCUCCUCGAUUUAUCGGUGUGAUGGCUUCAAAACGGAUAUUGAAGGAGCUCAAGGAUCUUCAGAAGGAUCCUCCUACUUCUUGCAGCGCUGGGCCCGUUGGAGAGGACAUGUUUCAUUGGCAGGCCACGAUUAUGGGUCCCCCAGACAGCCCUUAUACUGGUGGUGUAUUUUUAGUUACUAUCCAUUUUCCUCCUGAUUAUCCAUUCAAACCUCCAAAGGUUACUUUCAGGACAAAAGUUUUCCAUCCAAAUGUUAACAGUAAUGGCAGUAUAUGCCUGGACAUAUUGAAGGAGCAGUGGAGCCCUGCCUUAACUAUUUCCAAGGUUUUGCUUUCAAUUUGCUCUCUUUUGACGGACCCAAACCCUGAUGACCCCCUGGUGCCCGAGAUUGCUCACAUGUACAAGACAGACAGGUCCAAAUAUGAAUCAACUGCCCGGAGUUGGACCCAGAAGUAUGCCAUGGGUUAAGAUUUUACCUAUGAGGGUCUGAAUCCUUGUAAAAAUAAUUCAUGUGUUUGUUCUCUCUACUCUCCCAAUCAACAAGUGUAGAAUAGCAUUAUACAUUGUCCUCUCCAAGAAAAAGACUCUUUGAAUAUUCUUAUAUGGAUACCUAACAUUUGAAGAAAUCUGGGAAGUGUUAUUUAUCUGGAUUAUGGUUGCAUCUUUGAUUUCAA